CUGUCGGAAGAGUCAGUGAGUUGUCAUAAAUACAGCCUCUCAUUCUCUCUCCUCAACUUUCCUCUUUCCAAAAACAUUCUCUCUCUCUCUCUCUCUAGGGAUUCGCUCUCUAUCUACACAAACCCUCGCUCCCAGCCAAAAAAAAAAAAAACAUGACCUGAAUUUCCUGCUUCCAACCGCCGUAAUUCGCCGCACUCUGUCGUCUUUCGCCGCCAACGAUCCGAUAUCUAUGUCAUGGAAGACAACUUAUCCUCCACCACUCUGAUGGACUCCACAGCCUCUAAGAUACAACAACUCCAGAAAGCAUUUGCAGAACUCGAAAGCCACAGGUCCGUCACUCUCAAUUUGAAAUGGCAGCAGCUCGAGGAGCAUUUCCACGGCCUUCAAAAGUCUCUGAAACGGCGUUUCACCGAGCUAGAAGAGCAAGAAAAGGAAUUCGAACACAAAAUAUCUGAAUCCAAAGAUGCAUUGGACAAGCGCAAAGCUGCUGUUAUUGCCAGUGAGCAAGUAUCGCUCGAGAGGCUCCAAGACAAGCGAGAUGCUGCUGUCUCUGCUAUUCUAUCCGCUAUGCAGAAUCCACUUGCUGAAGAUUCACCCAUCACUAAAACUGAGGAAAAGAUAACCGGGGCCAUGGUUUCCGACAGUAACGCUGAAAUCACGAAAAAGCCUCUCGUGAAUAUGAACGUGCAGGUCAAGUCAUAUCCAGAUUUAGUAAUACUGUGCCGAGAGAUGAACUCGGAAGGUCUGCACAAAUUCAUAUCGGACAAUCGCAAGAAUCUUGCCAUUCUAAGGGAGGAAAUUCCGACUGCACUUGAGGCUGCUGCGGACCCCGCCUCUCUGGUUCUGGACUCUCUGAAGGGAUUCUAUAACAUCGACAUGCAGAAUUUGGAUGCUAGAAAAGAUUCGAAUCUGUUGGGCCUUCGUCGUACCUGUAUCAUGCUCAUGGAGUGCCUUUGCAGUUUGUCUGUGAGUCUUGAUGGGAAUGCUAAGGAGAGAGCAAAAGCUAUUGCUGAGGAUUGGAAGCCGAAGCUGGAUUAUCUCGAUGCUGAUGCGAGCAACGGGAAUUCUUUGGAAGCGCAUGCGUUCCUACAACUUCUGGCUACUUUUGGCAUCAAUUCGGAUUUCGAUCAGGAGAGCUUGUCCAAGUUAAUACCUAUGGUUUCUCGCCGUCGUCAAACGGCUGAGUUGUGCCGUUUCCUUGGGUUGUCGGACAAAAUGCCAGGUGUGAUUGAUGUACUAAUAAAGAACGGAAGACACAUCGACGCCGUCAAUUUGGCUUUUGCAUUCGAGCUCACUGAUCAGUUUUCACCCAUUUCUCUACUCAAAUCUUACUUAUCCGAGGCCAGAAAAGUGCAAUCGUCUGCCAAACCUGGGAACGCAUCGCCCACUUCUUCUACACAGAGCGAUGUGAACGAGAAAGAGCUGACAUCGCUAAAAGCUGUAAUAAAGUGCAUCGAAGACCACAAACUCGAGCACCAAUUCCCAACAGACCCACUCCAGAAACAACUCAUCGAAAUCGAGAAAGCCAAAGCCGAUAAAAAAAGAGCAACGGAAGUUGGAAAGCCUCAGUCCAAACGACCCCGUGCAAGUGGUGUACACGCACCACCACCACCACCUCGAGUGGCUGCUGCUAAUGUCGCUGUCACCCACACCGCUAGAACGACCGAUAGGUACCCGCAGUACAUCUACGAGAGGCCCACUUACGCUGCCUACGCGGGGCCCACCGACCACCACCAUCUUCACCACCAUCACCAUCAAGUUCCUUCGUUUUUCGGCGGUGGUGCUUAUAACUUUUCGCCUAAUCAUGGAAGCUUCUUUGGAAAUGGCUACCACCAGUACCAGACUACUACCUACCUGCACUGAUGAUGAUGACGAUGAUGAUUUGAUCCGUUGACUGUUAGUGUUGACCCUGUUAUUUUCCGAUUUGUUUUUUUAAUUGUGUAAUAUGUUCGACCUCCUGGGAGAAAUUUAAUAUUUGUUAAUUUUCUAGUCUGUUGUUGUAAAAGCUAAUAUUACCAUGCUUUUAACAGAUGCAACUGUUUCUAAUGUUGUGUUUAUAAUGUUGUAUUAUUAAUCUUUAUGUUUCUCGA